CCGGAAGCGGAGUGCGGCGCCGAGUGAACCCCGGCUGGCCCGAGGGACAGUGACAAGACCCCACAGGCACACGCCCACCCCGGGCUGAACGGCCAGAAGCCAAUGGCCAGCGACAAAGCCAAACCCUGUGAGCUCAACCAAGAGAAAUACGAUGCUGAUGACAACGUGAAGAUCAUCUGCCUAGGGGACAGCGCUGUGGGCAAGUCCAAACUUAUGGAGAGGUUUCUCAUGGACGGAUUUCGGCCACAGCAGCUGUCCACGUACGCCCUGACCCUGUACAAGCACACGGCCACGGUGGACGGCAAGACUGUCCUUGUGGACUUUUGGGACACAGCAGGCCAGGAGCGGUUCCAGAGCAUGCACGCCUCCUACUACCACAAGGCCCACGCCUGCAUCAUGGUGUUUGAUGUGCAGAGGAAAGUAACCUACAAGAACCUGAGCACUUGGUAUACAGAGCUUCGGGAGUUCAGGCCAGAGAUCCCAUGCAUCGUGGUGGCCAAUAAAAUUGAUGCAGACAUAAAGAUGACCCAAAAGAGCUUCAAUUUUGCCAGGAAGUUCUCCCUUCCCCUGUACUUUGUCUCAGCUGCUGAUGGUACCAAUGUCGUGAAGCUCUUCAAUGAUGCGAUUCGAUUAGCUGUGUCUUACAAACACAACUCCCGGGACUUCAUGGACGAGGUUUUGCAGGAGCUUGAGAACUUUGAUUUGGAGCAGGAGGAGGAGGAAGUGCCAGACCGAGUGCGGCGUGGCAACAUCGAGAGCCCCUCCCCUUCCUGAGUCAGAGAAGGAAGCCUCUCUCCUCGUGGACUUUGGGGAGGGGGCGGUAUCUUUCAGAAUACCCUCCCCUCAGCAACCCUGCAGCUAUGAAUUGAAAAAUUCUUGCAGGCCAUCUCCCUGUCUACCUCCUGCAAGCCCACCCAUUCCAUUGGCCUGCCCCACUUCCAUGGCCCACAAUUCCUGACCCUUCCACAGUUGUCCUUUCCCCUGGACUCAGGUACCGGGACGGGGUCUGCACCAGCAAGCACCCUUGACAGGUGUGAGAGAUCCACAGCAGACCCUGAAGCAGAAUUAGAGAUCGUAGCCUCAGCCUCCCCAGGUUGUGUGGAAGCAGGGAAGAGCUUCAGGAAACAUGCUUUGUGUGUCUCUCAAAUAAAAGGAGAUUGAGGUGUGUUCUCUCCCAGAACCGACCUCAGGGCCUAUUCAUUGUCUUUCCACCAAGGGAAUGAUUUCUAGUCCCUGAUGGCCCCUAUUCCCAACCCUACAGAUUUGGGGUGGGCCUCCAUUCUUUUUCAUCUUUAGUGUCCCAACCAACUUUUUUUCAGAAAUGGUUUUGAGCAGACAGCUGUUCCUGUCACAGGACAGGUUUGCCAUUAAAGCCCAGGGAAACAGGUCACAAGUCCUGCCACCCUUAGCUGUACCGUGAGGCAUGCCCAUUUGGAUUCUAAGAAGAGCUUCCCUUUAA